CCCACAAAAUCUGUCUCAAAUCUUCUCCAACUUUCCAACCUAACCCUCUCAUGAAUUUCACUUUCCAAACCCGCCCUCCUCCCCCUCCUUAUUCCGUCCCUCUCUUCCGCUUCCCUGAAACCCCUCCAAAUUAGAUUCAAUCCAUUCCCUUUCUCUCCUCCACCUACCCACCACACCCUUUUCCCCGUUCUUCAUUUCUCCUCUUCUUCUCGAUCGUCUUCGGAACCAUCAAACCAGAGCUGUUGUUUUCAUUCCACUCAGGUUCUUGGUAGGUAAUCAGGAGUACUUUGUUCAUCAUUCUUUUUUGUAACGUCAAUCGGUAAUCAAUCGAUUGGAACGAUCUGAUUGUUUACUGCCAUGCUGUCAAGUUCUUGCUUGAGUUUCUUAGAGCUAUCGUCUUCGGAUAUGUUGGAUUUUCCUCCUACACCAAGAACCGUUCCACGGGUGUUGACUGCUUCCGGGAUAUUUUCCGAUAAGGAUUCGGAAAUUUCCUCGUCGAAAGGCCAAGGGAGAAAAAUUAUAGUGGCAAAUUUUCUUCCUCUUCAUGCUAAGAAGGAUACAGAUUCCGGGCAAUGGAACUUCAGUUUUGACGAGGAUUCGCUUCUGCUUCAGCUGAAGGAUGGAUUCUCACCUGAUGUAGAUGUUAUAUAUGUCGGAUCUUUGAAGGUCGAUGUUGAUGUCCGGGAGCAAGACGAGAUUUCUCAGAAACUGCUGGAGGAAUUUAACUGCGCACCGACUUUCAUUCCUACGCACCUUCAGAAACAGUUCUAUCAUGGAUUCUGUAAGCAACAUUUGUGGCCACUUUUUCAUUACAUGAUGCCGAUUUCCCCUUACCAUGGAUCCCGCUUUGAUCGACGUCUUUGGCAAGCGUAUCUUUCGGCUAACAAAAGGUUUGCCGAUAAAGUUAUGGAGGUAAUCAAUCUAGAAAAAGAUUAUGUCUGGAUUCAUGACUACCACCUUAUGGUUCUCCCUACUUUUUUGAGAAAACGCUACAGUCGAAUCAAGCUCGGAUUCUUCCUUCAUAGUCCGUUUCCUUCAUCGGAAAUAUACCGAACUCUGCCUGUUAGAGAUGAGAUUCUGAGAGCAUUACUUAAUGCAGACCUAAUAGGUUUCCAUACAUUUGAUUACGCUCGCCACUUCCUAUCUUGUUGUAGUAGACUGCUUGGAUUGGAGUAUGAAUCUAAACGAGGGUAUCUCACGCUCGAGUAUUUUGGCCGUACAAUAUACAUCAAGAUUUUGCCUGUUGGGGUUCAUAUGGGUCGACUUGAAUUUGCAUUAGACCAACCACACACUUCAAUCAAGGUCAAGGAAAUCAAAGAAAAUCUCCAAGGAAAGAAACUUAUUCUUGGUGUUGAUGACAUAGACAUAUUUAAAGGUAUAGGUCUGAAAUUACUAGCUAUGGAACAGCUCUUGAGCCAGCAUCCAGAGUUACGGGGCAAUGUCGUUCUGGUGCAAAUUCUAAAUCCAGCACGGAGCAAUGGGAAUGAUGUACAAGAAGCAAAAAGGGAAACUUAUGAGAUAACCGAAAGGAUUAACAAGGUUUUUGGUUGUCCGGGUUAUCAACCUGUAAUCUUGAUUGAUCAUCCUAUUCCUCCUCACGAGAAGAUUGCAUAUUACGUAUCAGCAGAGUGCUGCAUUGUAAAUGCUCUCAGGGAUGGUAUGAACUUAGUUCCAUAUGAGUACAUUGUUUGUCGACAGGGAACUUCAAAAAUGGAUAAAGUCUUGGAAGUCUCCCCGAGUUCACCUCGUACCAGCACGAUUGUCGUGUCGGAAUUUAUAGGUUGUUCACCGUCCCUAAGUGGUGCGGUCAGGGUAAACCCCUGGGAUUUUGACGCUGUAGCUGAUGCACUUUAUGCAGCUGUCACCAUGCCUGCUUUAGAGAAGCAACUGAGGCACGAAAAGCAUUACAGAUAUGUUAGCUCUCACGAUGUUGCUUACUGGGCUCGCAGUUUCUUGCAUGAUUUGGAGCGAGCAUGCCAAGAACACUACAGCAAACGUUGCUGGGGCAUUGGUUUAGGUUUAAGUUUCAGAAUUUUGUCACUCUCUCCAAGUUUCAGGAAGCUUUCCAUUGAACAUAUUGGCUCUGCAUAUCGAAACGCUUCUAGGAGAGCGAUAUUUUUGGAUUAUGAUGGGACUGUGGUUUCCGAAACUUUAGUGGUCAAAUCCCCAUCACCUGAAGUCAUUUCUAUCAUCAACAACCUUUGCACGGAUCCAAAGAACACCGUGUUUAUUGUUAGUGGCAGGGGGAAAGUUUCCCUCGGUUCAUGGUUCGAUUCGUGCAAGAAUCUAGGUAUUGCCGCUGAACACGGGUACUACUUGAGGUGGAAUAGGGAUUCUGACUGGGAAGUUAGUCCAUUAGCUGAAAACUUUGACUGGAAAAGGAUUGCAGAACCUGUGAUGAACCUAUACACUGAGGCAACCGAUGGUUCAUACAUAGAGACCAAGGAUAGUGCCUUGGUAUGGCACUAUCAAGACGCGGAUCCUUAUUUUGGUUCGUGUCAGGCCAUGGAGCUCUUGGACCACCUUGAAAACGUCCUUGCUAACGAACCCGUAGUUGUCAAAAGAGGCCAGCAGAUCGUCGAAGUAAAACCACAGGGUGUGACUAAAGGAUUAGUAGCUGAAAGAGUUCUUUCCACAAUGGUUAAUUCUGAUAAAGCACCCGACUUUGUGAUGUGCAUUGGGGACGAUCGAUCCGAUGAAGAUAUGUUUGAGAGCAUAUUGAGUAGAAGCUAUAGCUUAUCCCUUGCUACGCCCCCGAUGAUAUUUGCCUGUACUGUGGGACAAAAGCCUAGCAAAGCCAAAUACUAUUUAGACGAUACCGCAGAUGUUUUGACCUUGCUUCAAAGCCUGGCCAACUGUUCUAGUAGCCGUAAACUGAGAUCGAGUUUUGAAACUCCUGUUUUGUUCGAGGAUGAUGUUUGAUGCCGAAGAUCCAAUCCGUCCUUGCACGUGCGUUGAGCAAGAGUUAUCAUGUUGGGAAGGUUUGUUUCACUUGAUUCUCUUAUUCCAACCUCUACGGAGUUGGGAUUGUUUCGGUUACCCGAUUCUUUGCCACAGUCACUGGUGCCAAUGGAUUCAUAUUCAGGAAGAUAAUUGCUUGGCUAGAGUUAAGUUGGUUUGGUGGUGUAAAUAACUGCUUUCACGAUACUCGUUCUUCGCCUUCUCCCGGAUUCGAGAGUAGCAGAACAAGAUCGCCAUUGGAACCUAGGAAUGGUAUAAAGUUGUUUUUCUUCUUUAUUUAUUAUUAUUAUUUUUUUUCUUUUUGACAGAUAUAGUGAAGAACAGGUUUCAGAUACAAAUUAUAAUUAGCCAUAGCUUUGUACAUUGAUGAACUGGUUUAGUUCUUACAGAACAAUCAUUCUUUUUAUAAAGGGGUUCAUGUUCUUACAAA